AUGUCUUCAAAUCCGAAUCAAAUAUAUUCAGCUACAUAUUCAAAUGUUCCCGUGUUCGAAUUUGUGACAUCUGAGGGUCCUAUCAUGCGUCGAAAGUCGGACGGGUGGAUAAAUGCCACCCAUAUACUCAAAAUAGCCAAGUUUCCAAAGGCGAAGCGAACAAGGAUUCUAGAAAAGGAUGUCCAGACAGGUAUCCAUGAAAAGGUGCAAGGAGGCUACGGUAAGUACCAGGGCACCUACGUUCCGUUAGAUCUGGGUGCCGAAAUUGCCCGCAUGUUUGGUGUCUACGAGGUUUUGGAGCCAAUUUUCAAGUUUGUGUAUGUCGAGGGAAAGUCUGACACACCGCCACCAGCCCCAAAACAUAAUCAUGCGUCUGCAUCGAAUAUUGCUCGAAGACAGCAAUCUUUUAAAACGUCUAAUGACCAUCUACUGCCAAAUGACGCGGGUCCUAGGAAGAAAUCGAAAGUAGAAGAUAAUGGCGAGGAGCCUUCUAAAAAACGAGGUCGUCCAAAGAGAGUGCCACUUCAAGGCAGAUAUAAACCAGAACUAUCAUCUAGCCAAACGAUGCCAAUUUCCAACCCUAGAGGUCCAAGCAUGGGAACAUUCUCCUCCAGACAAGAUUCCUCUGCCUCUCAAAUGAUACCAUCAUUUCCGUCAUUAACAAGGCAAGACACAGAAAAGGAUGCACUUCAAAUAAUGGCAAGUAACCUCAGCAUAAGAAAUGAUGAUUUGGAACUGGACACAAGUGCAGACGAGAGUAAUCGUAAAAGUCAUGAAGUACGGGACUCGAGCACGCGGGAUGAAGACGAUGGAUUUUUAUCAGGCAGAGAGCUUUUCGGCGGGAAUGAUUCAUUUUCAGGGAGGGAGUCUUUUGAAAAGCUCUUGGAUUUUCAUAGGCGAAGCAGAAUCCAUUCAAGCAUGCCGUCCGGUCGCCAGCACUCCCUCAAUGGGGUGAACUCGUCUUUCAAUGGUUUAACACAAUAUCAUCACACUCCGAUAUCAACGGGCCUUGUUACCGACAAGCAGAGUGGCACCGGCCUCUACGAUUAUUUCACAACGCUUCUUGAUUACUUUUUGCACGACGACAAAAGCUCACAUACUGAAUCUAAAAGCGAGCAAAAUUUACCAGAUGAAAUAUUGAAUCCCCCUGAACCUUUGAGCGAUAUCAAGAUCAACCAGCGAGUGGACAAUGAUGGAAAUUGUCUUCUUCACUGGGUGUGUGCGAUGGCGAAUACUACGCUUCUACAGUUUUUGGUCACAAAGUUCAGUUCCUAUAUCGAUUUAGGAGCAAAAAACUACUUGGGUGAGAGCCCUUUAAUGUUUAUGGUUAAGUUCAACAAUAGCUUUCAACAGCAAAACUUCUCGAAAAUCAUUGAUUUGCUUGAAAACACUAUUCACUUGACUGACAAUAGAGGCCAGACCGUCUUGCAUCACAUCGCUAAUUCCUGUAAGACGAGCCAUCACAAUGAGAGAGAUUCUGGUCAUCGGCGUUUCAUGGAGCGAUAUGCAAACUACUACUUGGAAAAGCUUCUAGACUUUCUUCUGGAAGAGAUUGGGUCCAGAAGUACCACAAAGCUUCAUUUUGCUGAAUUCUUGAAUGUCCAAGAUCUGGAAGAAAAUACCGCAUUACACUUAUUCGCGUACCAUCUCAGCAAAAAGUGCAUCAAAUCAAUGAUUCGCUUCCACAAGUUGCUCAACUUAGAACUUAAAAAUGCUGUGAAUCACACAGUAGAGGACUACCUUGCAUCUCACAACUACGUACUAAGGAUUGAGGAUGAUGCACUCGAAGAAAGAAAGGUUCUAGAUGUUUCCACAAAGGGUGAUAUGGAUCUACGGCACGAUGAUUUUGGCCGCUCUCAAAGUUUCCAAUCACAAUUGCAAAAUACAAAGGUGGAGAUCAGUCGUCAAAACGAAGUGUCCAAUACUGUGACAGAGAAGUUAAGCGAGUUGGCUUAUGCGAUUGAUCGCGAAUUGGGUGCUAAAGACGAGAAACUUUUCAGACUAUACAAAUGUCUUCGGAAACUCUGCUAUGAGAAAUUCACCUCACAGAAGGCUAAUUUGAAAAUUUUCAAGCUAGACUAUCUUGUGGAGGACAUGGAAAAGGAGUUCGAAUCAGGUAAACAUAUCAAUUUAAAGCUCGAUGGAGACAGCAUGGUUUUUAAUACAUCCCGAGACUUGAUUAUCCAAGAAGAGAUUGCGAGGCUCUUGAAUGAUAUGUCGUUUCAGUCUUUAAUUGUCCGGGAAGACUUGCAACGAAUGUGCGAGCAAUUCAUAAUCAGGAGAGAAAAGUUGUGUCUGCAGAGACUAUGGAAUGAUAUCGAAUCGUCACAGAAUCUGGCGAAAGAGAAGGGCAACGAUGAACGGUUACGAUCCGCGGUUGAACUCCAAGGUGAAAUUCAAAGAAGAAGACUUCUUGCUGGACAAGUUUACCAUCUUGAAGGUGCCACACCAUUGAUGAACUGGAGCAAUGAUGAUUACAAAGAAAAUCAAACUGGCAAUGCAGAGAAGAGUGAUGAAAGUCUCGCGAAGCUCCAGGGCGUAAUGUCUGGUAUACCGCGCGAAGACAAAUUGUUCAAGUAUUGCAAAUUGAUAGCCUUGAGUUGCGGUAUGUCCAUCGCAGAAGUGGAGCAGUCAAUCGACCUAAUUGAGGAAUCACUUCUCCGAAACAAGCGUUAG